AUGAGGGAGUCACGAACAAGCGAUGAGAACGAUUUAGAAAAAUGCGACAGUCGCGAGUCUAAGCCGGACUCAAAUAGUGACUCGGAGACUACUGGCGAUAGUAGUAUUCAUCGCGAACCACACGAUGCUUCCGGACAGCUCGUUUCGAGAACCGUCUCACGGGCUCUCUCCAGGACCAUCUCUGAGGUACGAGAUGGGAUCGAAUCGCGGCGAGAUCUAGAAGAUGGCCAACUCACGGAGGAAGAGGAAAACACUGCUGCUGCUGCGACCGCGGCGGACACCACGGAUCCUAACCUGGUGACCUGGGCAGGCCCUGACGAUCCAGAAAACCCCAAGAACUGGCCGUUUCCCAAGAAAUGGGGUGUCGUCUUCAUCGUCUCCAUGUUCACCUUCGUCUCGCCCGUAUCCUCUUCCAUGGUGGCCCCGAGUCUGACUGCAAUUGGCGCCGAGUUUGGUAUUGCGGAAGGAUUCCAGCAGAACCUUGUACUCUCGGUAUUUGUCCUCGCCUACGCUAUAGGGCCCUUGGUUUGGGGACCGCUUGCAGAGAUUUACGGUCGAGUAUCCGUGCUGCAGUACUCUAACCUCGGGUUCCUUGCUUUUACUCUCGGUUGUGGUUUCUCGCGUACCAAGGGCCAGAUAAUCGCCUUCCGUUUUCUCUCCGGUCUGGGCGGUUCUGCCUCUCUAGCUAUUGGCGGUGGUGUGCUCAGUGACUUGUUCGUUCCCGAACAGCGUGGUCGCGCCAUAUCAAUAUACAGCUUAGCUCCCCUCCUAGGGCCAGCCGUCGGCCCCAUCGCCGGCGCUUUCAUAACCGAGAACACGACGUGGCGCUGGGCCUUCUGGGCGACCAGCAUCGCCGACGCCGUCAUCCAGGGAGCCGGCCUAUUCUUCCUACGCGAGACCUACGCCCCUCUCCUGCUGAACCGCAGACGCCAGCGGCUCAUGGCCGAAACCGGAAACGCCGCCUUGAAAACGCCAUACGACGAUGCCAAGUCCGACAGCAGAAGUCUUCCCACGAUCCUCGGCACGGCCAUGACGAGGCCUUUCCGACUGCUAGCCACGCAGGUCAUCGUCCAGUGCAUCGCGCUGUACAUGAUGUACAUCUACGGCCUCAUGUACCUCCUGCUCGCGUCCUUCCCGUCGCUCUUCACCUCCCCGCCCCCGGCCGGGUACGGGAUGUCCAUCGGGAUAGGCGGGCUAAACUACAUCUCUCUGGGCUUAGGGUUCUUCGUCGGCGCGCAGACCAGCGCGCCGCUGCAAGACCGGGUGUACGCGGCGCUCAAGCGGCGGUACGGCGUCGGCAAGCCCGAGUACCGGGUGCCCAUGAUCGUGCCGGGCUCCGUCCUCGUGCCCUUCGGCCUGUUCAUCUACGGCUGGACGGCCGAGUUCAAGACGCACUGGAUCGGCCCCAACGUCGGCGCUUUCGUCUUCGCCGUCGGCGCUAUCAUAUGCUUCCAGUCCCUGCAGGCCUUCGUCGUCGACUCGUACCAGCGGUACGCCGCGAGCGCCGUCGGCGCCGCUACCGUGCUGCGAUCUCUCGCCGGUUUUGGGUUCCCGCUUUUUGCGCCUUACAUGUAUGAUCGACUGGGUUAUGGCUGGGGCAACUCCCUGAUGGCAUUCCUCGGUAUUGCCAUAGGUUGGCCUUCACCGAUAUUAUUGUGGAAAUAUGGAGAGGCACUGAGGAAGAAGAGCCCGUUUGCUGCGGGUGGUUAG